CUCGACGUGCUCUGUGGCUCCAUAACGCUGUCACCGACUACAAUGUCAAACCUUUCAGGAGUCUCGCGAGCUUCCGGUUUCACGCCAAGGGCAGAAGAUCCAUCGUGAUUUAUUUGUUUGUUUAUUAUUCAAGCCGAACUGACUCCCACUGACUCUACUUGAAGUGAUAUUUUGCGCUGAAGUCAUGAUGAUGAGGUCUUCACAAUAAACUAAGCUAAGGUCUAUGUUAGAGCAACGAAGACAGAAAUGGAGGUGACAAGGCGAAGAGACUCCAGUGGCCAGUUCUCGGACAACUCGGACCAUGACUGUGAGGAAAGCAGCCUGAAGUGUAAUGAAUGUGGGAAAAACAGGGCAAUAAUGGCCAGAUACUCCGAGGGUUAUGGCACUGAGGAGGAGUGCGUCCAGUCUGAUCCUCAGCGAGAGAGCGAUGCAGAUGCAGACGUAGAGGAUGCAGACACCAGUUCUGCUGCAGGAAACCAACCCUACCCUACACUGACCUCAGCAGCCCAUGGCAUAAGCCCGCUGGACCUUUGGUCCAGACUACAGGUCGUGGGUUCUCUCCAGCGAAUCAGCUCUCGGAAGCGGAGGCGUCAGCGAGUAACCCGGCAAGACACCACGGAGAGCGAGGAUGAUGGGGGACAGAGCCAUAGAAACCACCGCUGGAGUCUUAGAUUGAGUCCCCAUCGCUCACCCAACAGAACCAUAUUGGAGGAAAGUAUUUCUCAGGUCAGGCCACUGGUGAUUUGUCACUGUAAUCCAGCAGAUACCCCAACUGCUUCAGACAACCACCCCGACAAAGGAAAAUGGUCGAGGCAAAUAUGGUCUUUCUCUCACUCUUUACCUCUUUUCUUUUUCCUCUUUCUUCUCCCCCUCUUCAUUUCCAUCAUAAUUGUGUUCUUUUCAUUCCUCUUCCCGCUUAAUAAUACCUGACACACUCUGCAACAGAUACCUCAAGGAAUCCUUUUUUUGUUGAUGCGUAUACUACGAGAAGCACAAAAAUUGGCCUUGAAAUGAAAGUGUAAUGUCUGAUACAUGUUAGCUAGUGGAUAUUUGUUGCAUUAAUUAUUUGAGACCUUUACUUAAGAGUUUAAAAUGUCUGCUUGAAAAUCACUAAUCCAUUUUUGUCAGACAGAAUGCUGUAAUUCACUCCUUAUUCUUUUGUUAUGUUUAAUCACCUACAAUAAUCCAUCAUAUUGCAUUUAUUAAUGGUUAUAAAAAAGCAAAAAUCUUAAUUAGAUUAUUAAUUUGCUAUUUAUUAUGGCUUAUUGUUAAGUGUCACCAUCAUUAAGCUCAGAUGUUAUUUCUUACGCCACCAGUGUGUCUGUGUGUGUAGGUAUAGAUGCUCAAGUGUUUGAGGGCCAAAGCAUCACCAGUAACGUGUGUGUGUGGAAAGCUUAAAAAUGGAAGCGAAUUACUAUGCAAUGUACAGACAAGUCUUUUAGGGUACGGUAUGUUUGAUAGAAAAUGCACUUUUUUUUUUUUUUUUUUUUUUAAUUUUCAUUUUGUGAAUGCAUGGCUGAAGUGAUAUUAAGCAAACCUCAACUAAUGCAUCAAAUCUGUGAUAAGUGGCAGAGCUUAUUACUUAUUUCAAGUUUCACAUCAAUGUUAGCAUUAAAGACUUAAGUGUUGGGUAUGCUUAAGUGAGAAGUACAUUUAAUGUUUUCCUCUUUUUUUUUUUUUUUUUUUAUACAGAAAAGUAACAUCUUAACAGCCCUGAUGCGAUUGCUCAGGCAUUCCUAUUCAGUAUUAUGUUUAAUGCUAUUAAUUUUGUGCUUUUAUAACUCCAAGUUCCAUCACAUUUCUGUUCAUGUCACAGUACCAUGUUUUCCUCUUCGGCUUUAAAGUGAAAAUAAAGUGUAUGUUUGUGAAAAUUGUG